CAAAAAGACUAUCUACAUUUGGGACAGCGCUGACCUCCAAAGAUAAAUAUCCAGAUUGUCGGUCCAAACUGGCAUAACUUCAUUUAGUGGUCUGGGUUGGAGGAUACAGAAUCUUCAGCGAUGAUCGGGCCAGUUGUCUUGGCAACGCUUUUUCAGUAUGCUCUCUCGGCCUACACUGACCCUCACUGUAUGGGGGGCAGAGACGGUAUUGUCCAUCUGUUUGAAUGGAAAUGGAACGACAUAGCCGCCGAGUGUGAGAGAUUUCUUGGACCCUACGGCUAUUGUGCUGUCCAGACCUCACCAGCCAAUGAGAACAAGAUAGUAACUGACCCUAACCGUCCAUGGUGGGAGCGUUACCAACCAGUCAGCUACAAGAUUCAAACCAGGAGUGGCUCCGAGGAUGAGUUCCGCAACAUGGUUCAGAAGUGUAACAGCGCUGGGGUAAGAAUUUACGUCGAUGUCGUCAUCAAUCACAUGACCGGUGCUGGAGGUCGAGGUCAGGGAACUGGUGGAAGCUCCUACGACGCAGACAACUUGCAGUUCCCUGGAGUUCCCUUCGGUCCGACAGACUUCAACGACGGAAGUAAUUGUCAUUCCGGCGACUUGAACAUCCAUAACUACAACAACCCAGAGGAAGUCAGAAAUUGUCGUCUUGUCGGACUGCUCGACCUACAGAUGGGCAAAGACUACGUCAGAGGUAAAGUAGCCGACUUCCUCAACCACCUGAUUGAUCUGGGUGUGGCUGGAUUCAGAGUGGACGCCGCCAAGCACAUGUGGCCUGGGGAUCUGGUGGGACUGUUCAACAAAGUGAAGGAUCUCCCUAGUGGAGGACGUCCAUUUGUAUACCAGGAAGUCAUCGACCAGGGAGGGGAGCCAAUCAAAGCCGAGGAAUACUUCGCUACUGGCAGAAUCACCAACUUUAAAUUCGGUCUGCAGUUAGCUAAUGUCUUCAGACGUCAGAACGCCAUGAAGUUUCUGAGCAACUGGGGCACUGGCUGGGGCAUGUGGGCAUCAGACUCAGUGGUCAACUUCAUUGAUAACCAUGACAACCAACGUGGUCACGGUGGAGGUGGAGGGGUUCUGACACACUGGGAGCCCAAACCUUACAAGAUGGCCACUGCCUUCAUGUUGGCCCAUCCCUAUGGCAUGCCUAGAGUAAUGAGCAGCUACGAGUACAACAGGGCCAACAAUUACGAGGGGCCACCACACAAUGGGGACAUGAGCACAGCAAGCGUCCAGAUUAGCGGCAUGUCCUGCACCAACGGUUGGAGCUGUGAGCACAGAUGGAGACAGAUCUACAACAUGGUCGGCUUCCGAAACAUGGUCUCUGGUACUGCGCUCAACAACUGGUGGUCAGGCGCUGACUAUCAAAUUGCUUUCUCCAGAGGCAACAAAGGUUUCAUUGCCCUAAAUCUGGAAGGUUUUGACAUCAAUCAAAAUUUACAGACUGGUCUCCCUGCUGGAAGGUACUGUGACGUCAUCAGUGGUGAUAUUGAAAACGACAGAUGCACGGGCAAGACUGUAGAGGUCCACAACGACGGUACCGCCCAUAUCAAUGUCUGCUCAAACUGCGACGACCCAGUGCUGGCCAUUCACGUUGGCGCUAAGAUUGGAUCACCCCCAAGACGCUUUUAAACCCAACACAGAAGUUUUCAAGUAGAAACCCAUCAAUUUUUAUUAAUUUAUUUUAUUCAUUGACGUAUUUCACAACCAUUAAAACCAAAACAUUUAUACAAAAUA